AUGGAUCAAACCGCGCAACCAACAACUCAGAAUCGAAAUGAUCUCGGAAACACACCUUCGAAAUGGAAGAAGGGCGAGCACGAGGACGAUUCGAGCCAUGAUGCCGUCUUCGGAGAAAUUUCCAGCGAGGGCCCCGACUACCGAAGUGUCGGGUUGGUCGGUACUGCUGGUUUGAUGAUGAAGACACAAAUUGGCCUCGGUGUCUUAUCAAUCCCAGCAACGUUUGACGCUCUAGGUUUGAUACCGGGUGUCCUUUGUCUUGUCGCUAUCGGCCUCAUCACCACCUGGUCCGACUGUGUCAUUGGAGUCUUCAAACUCCGUCAUAGGCAUGUUUAUGCCAUUGACGAUGCAGGUGCCAUGAUGUUUGGUCGGGCUGGAGGAGAGUUCUUUGGGUUCAUCAUGUGGUUGAACUGGGUCUUUGUUUCUGGUGCUGGUAUGCUGAGUUUGUCCAUCGCUCUCAAUGCAGUUUCCUCACAUGGAGCAUGCACUGCAGUCUUCAUUGGUAUUGCAGCCAUAUUGGGGUUUGGACUAUCCAGUAUCAGAACGUUGGGCAAGAUGAGCUGGCUGGCAUGGGUUGGAGUCAUCAGCAUUGUGAUCGCGGUCCUCAUGGUGACUAUUGCCACGGGAGUACAGGACAGACCCGACGCGGCCCCCCAGGACGAUACAUGGGUUUCCGACUAUCAACUCUUCAAGACGCCAACCUUUGUGCAAGCUGUAUCAGCAAUCUGCGCAUACGUUUCGGCUUAUGGUGGUACCCCGGGUUUCUUUGCCAUUGUGGCUGAGAUGCGGAGACCGGAGCAGUACAAUAAAGCUGUUGCCAUCUGCCAGUCUAUCGUCACAGCUCUGUACGUCACGGUUGGGAUAGUCAUGUACUACUUCUGUGGCUCUUAUGUGUCGUCCCCAGCUCUUGGAUCAGCUGGCGUGGUGAUCAAGAAGGCAAGCUAUGGCGUCGCCAUCCCUGGAUUAAUCGUUAGCAUCACUCUGGUGUCACAUUUACCUGCCAAGUAUAUGCUUGUGCGUUUCCUACGGAACACCAAGCAUCUCACUUCAAACUCGGCAAUACAUUGGGCAACUUGGUUGGGCUGCACAUUCUGUGUGACAAUCAUUGCCUACAUCAUCGCAAGCGCGAUUCCCAUCUUCUACGCCCUUGUCUCCCUGAUCGGAGCUCUUCUAGGUAGUCUCCUGUCGUUUCAUGCUAUGGGGUUCAUGUGGUUCUACGACAAUUGGGAAAACCGCAGCUUGUCUCCCAAGUGGGUGUUGGCUUGUGGUUGGAGUGUUUUUGUAAUUGCUGCUGGCACAGUAUUGAUGGUUGCUGGAACCUAUGGAUCAAUUUUGGAUAUCAUCCAGGCUUACAAGGCGACUGGAGGCGCAGGAGCAUGGUCGUGUUUUGACAACUCCAACUCAACAUAG